AUGUUAUAUGGUUUUCAAAUAAUCGUGAAUUAUGUCAACCAACAACCUGUAAUUCGCGAACACCUACAAGGAUUUUUAUUUGGCUACAUACACGAUUUUUGGUUUAGACAAAUAACCGCUGAAAACAUAAUUAGAGCAGAAGUUACCUGUACAAUAAGAGACUAUGUUGGUACACUUGACCAAAAUGAAGAUUUAGCCAUGUUUUUGCGACGAGCAGGCCAUCUUAUGGAUGCUUACUAUCGAAGACAAGUUCGACCUCAACCAUUGAUAACUUAUGAUUGA